AGCUUCCUCUUGGAUCCGACUCGCGAAGGGCCGUUGGGCAUUCUGACUCGCGAUGGCGGCGGUUUUCCCCGCAAACCAGGUCAUCGUGGUGGGCGGCGGGCUGGCGGGCAUGUCGGCGGCCAACACGGUGGUGGAGUGCGGUGGGAAGACGGUGCUGCUGGACAAGAGCUCCUUCUGCGGGGGCAACAGCACCAAGGCCACCAGUGGCAUCAACGGCGCAGGCACCAAGACCCAGAAGGCGAAGUCCAUCCCUGACAAUGCGGAGAUUUUCAUCGCGGACACCCUGAAGGGUGGCGCCAAGAAGCCCGAGCUGGCGAAGGUGCUCUGCGCCAACAGCGCCGCGGACGUGGAUUGGCUGGUGGACAAGUUCGACCUGGACCUUUCCCUGGUGGCACGCCUGGGCGGACACUCGCAGCCGAGGACUCACCGUGGCAAGGAGCGCUUUCCAGGGAUGACCAUCACCUAUGCGCUGAUCCAGAUGUUGGAGAAGGUGGCUGAGAAGUCGGACCGCGCGAGGAUCAUCACCAAGGCCGAGGUGGUCAAGCUGCUGCAGAACGGCAAGAGCGUGGUGGGCUGCGAGUACCGCAAGGCCGGCAAGAUGGUGAAGGAGUUCGGCCCCAUGGUGUUUGCCUCCGGCGGCUUCGGCGCUGACUUCGGGUCCGACUCGCUGCUGGCGCAGUACCGCCCGGACCUGCUGCACCUGCCCACCACCAACGGGGAGCACUGCACCGGGGACGCCAUCAAGAUGGGCGAGGCCAUCGGCGCCUCCACAGUGGACCUGGAGUGGGUCCAGGUGCACCCCACUGGCCUGGUGAAGCCUGACGACCCCGAUGCCAAGGUGAAGUUCCUGGCUGCGGAGGCGCUGCGUGGCGUGGGGGGCAUCGUGCUGGACGCCAAUGGGGACCGCUUCUGCAACGAGCUGGGGCGCCGGGACUACGUCACAGGCGAGAUGUGGAAGAACAAGCCGCCCUUCCGCCUGUGCCUCAACAAGGCAGCUGCGGAGGAGAUCAUUUGGCACGCCAAGCACUACACGGGCCGCGGCGUCAUGAAGUACUACGCCUCAGGCGAGGACUUGGCCAAGGACAUGGGCGUGCCGGUGCAGAAGCUGAUCGACACCCACCAGACGCACUUCGAUGCCGCCAAGAAGCAGGAGAAGGACCCCAACGGCGGCUCCUACCCGGCCUACCCUAGUGGCAAGACCUGGGACGCGCCCAGCGGCAAGACUGGCAGCGGCAAGAAGUUCUUCCACAACAUCCUCGAGGGUUCCAAGGUGGCGAGCGAGCCAUUCUACGUGGCCAUCAUCACGCCGGUGAUCCACUACUGCAUGGGCGGCCUGGAGUGCACCGUGGACGCCGAGUGCAUCGACAAGAACGGCAAGGUGGUGCCUGGCCUCUACGUGGCUGGCGAGGCUGCCGGGGGCAUCCACGGCAACAACCGCCUGGGCGGCAACUCCUUGCUGGACUGCGUGGUCUUUGGCCGCGUGGCCGGCAAGGCGGCUUGCAAGUACACCUUUGGCAAGGACGAGAAGUUCAAGCCCUGCCCCGUGCCCAAGGAACUCAAGGAGCUGGUCAAGUGAAAGCUGACUCAGCUGACUCAUUUCCGGCCUGAUUGAUUGCAACACCUUCAGU